AUGAGAGAGGUCUCUACCGAAGAAGGUGCAGCAGUCGCCAAGGAGCUCGAUUGCAUGUUCAUCGAGACGUCGGCCAAGGACGGCACGAAUGUCGAGCAGGCUUUCUGUGACCCGGUGCGUCGGCUGAUAGAACUGCACAAGCAGAUACUGGAGCCUCCGAAGGAAAACGAACUUGCUCCCAAGGAGACAGCUGGGGUUCGAAAGUCGUCUUUCUGGGAUAAGUUACGGCGCCGCUUCUCUCAUGAGCGCAACGAUGACCGCUAA